ACUAAAAUAUUUCACUUCAGCACAAAAAAGAAAGGAAAAAAAAUUCAAAAAAGAACUAGAAAUUUAUUAUCGCUCACAGUCUCUUUGAGAAAGCCCAAUAAUUCCCUCUCUCAUUUUUAAUUUUGGAUAUUUUUGUUGCCCUAGAUUUUCUCUCUGUAAGCUCUACCUAGAGAAGAAGCCAUGGCUAAUGCAGCGUCUGGAAUGGCUGUGCAUGAUGACUGCAAACUGAAGUUCCUUGAGUUAAAGGCCAAAAGAACAUACCGCUACAUAGUAUUCAAGAUUGAGGAGAAACAGAAGCAGGUUGUUGUGGAAAAGCUUGGUGAGCCAAGUCAAAGCUAUGAUGAUUUCACUUCAAGCCUCCCUGCUGACGAAUGUCGGUAUGCUGUCUAUGAUUUUGACUUUGUGACUGCUGAGAAUUGCCAAAAAAGCAGGAUUUUCUUCAUUGCAUGGUCUCCUGACACCUCAAGGGUGAGAAGCAAGAUGAUUUAUGCAAGCUCAAAGGACAGGUUCAAGAGAGAGUUGGACGGUAUUCAAGUAGAGCUGCAGGCAACUGACCCGACUGAGAUGGGACUUGAUGUUAUUCGAAGCCGUGCCAACUAAAUUGGCAUCUCCAAGUGGCAGGAAUAAUGGAGAUGGUAAAAUGCUUUCUGCUUUUGUUUCAAGUGAAAUGUUAAUAGUUUGGUGGGGUGGUAUGAUUUUGGUUUGUUGUUUAGAUGUUAUAUCCAAGUCUUUGUCUAGAACAAGUUUAGCAAUUUCCAUUUGAAUCUUAUGAUUCUGUUAUGCAUGUCUCAAAGUUAUCGGACGGGGUGUCUUACAGUUGAGUCGAUAAACAAAAGUCUCAUCUUCUUCAAUAGUAUAUGAAGCACUCCUUUUUGAGGGGUUUUUUCCAUUGCA